UUCAUGGCAGUCAGUUUACAUGAGUGUGGUUGUGUUUUUAACAGGUGCAAGAUGGCCUUUAAUAGCUACGGGGAUGCGCGCUAUACCCUUAAGGAUUUGCUGGAAAUACCGGAGCUGCAACAUCAUCCUAUGCUAAAUAGACCUGCAGAAAAAAAAGGAGAGGUGUCACUGGGAUACGGAAUCGCUUCUGCCUUUCUAGGACCCACGUUAUGGAACAGUGCUAGUCAGGUGGGUGGGGGCGACAAUGGGGAAUUCAGCUUACAGUACAUGGAUCUGGAUGAAUUUCUCUCAGAGAACGGGAUUCCCUCCACAGAAGCUAAAAAGAUUGACAAUCAGCAAUGUCAGGAACCCACAGAGAGAAAGUCAGUUUCACCCUCAGAGGAUUUCAUUCAGCUACAAACUACUGCCCCCAAAGUUCCGUCUCCCCUUCCCCCCAAAAAGAGCCUGUCCCCAAAAGCUAGCCCUGGGUAUGAGAGCCUCCAUGAGCCCAGCCCUCCGUACUUUAACAGCGAAGCCCUGAGAAGCCCGACCUCCCCAUACAAAUCAACAGAGAAUCCUAUUGGACCAAAUCUACCACAACAACAGCCCCAGGACAAGGACCUCUCACCUCAACCACACAUCACUGACCAUGCAGAUAGUGUCAGACGGAGAGGGGAUGUGGACCAGGCUAGCUCUAACCAGUCCAAUCCUCCCUCACGUAGUCCAGUGGCAGAGUACGAAGUCAAUCCAAAUGACUUGGCUCUAGCAUCCAUUCCAGGACAAGAAAACUUUGAUCCCAGGAAGUGUCAAUUUACAGAUGAAGAAUUGAAGCCCCAGCCCAUUAUCAAGAAAUCAAGAAAGGUUUUUGUACCAGAAGAUUGUAAGGAUGAGAAGUAUUGGUCGAGGCGUCUGAAAAACAAUGUAGCGGCCAAACGAUCACGAGAGGCCCGCCGUAUCAAAGAAAAUCAAAUCGCACUGAGGGCUGGGUAUCUAGAGAAAGAAAACAACGCACUCAAAGAUGAAGUCAAGAGGAUGAAGGAAGAAAACACAAAAUUAUUAAAAAAGCUGUCUCAGUACGAACAGGUGGGCAAGUAGUACCGUCAAAAAGGACAAUUUUUGUCAUGGAAAGAAUUAUGGUGUUAGACAUCCCAAUGUUAUAGGCCACAGUUUGUAGAUGUCUGAAGAUUAUAUCCUUUACAAGUGGGAUAUUGAAAAUCACCAGUUAUCUCAAAUAUUUUUUAAUGUUAGUUUUUUCACAUAUUCAUUCCAACCAAAGGAUAUUUGAGCAUUUUAAAAAUCUAAAAUCAUCAUUUACUAGUGCAUAAUUUGUAAAUAAUUGUAUUAUUAAAAUUCAUUCAAAACAAGAAUAUAUA